CUUCUUCAGCAUACGGAAUAGCUACCUUUUUAGGGUUGAUGAGUCAGAGUGCUGGACACGUGACCAAUCUGAUCUCACUGCGGAAAAAUUGACAACGGGCGACAACAGAUAUAAGAUCUCAACAUCCAGACGCCAGACUCCAUACACACCUGAGCCUAUCUUCGCGCUUUUUAGGAGCUUCUCACACUCCGCGUACAUUUAUUCUGUUUGCCAGUUGCAGCAGAAGGGAAGCAAUAUACCCUCCCCCACUUCAACCUGAGAGACAUUCCGACGGCACCCCACAGAUAAGGUUCUCGCCAAAAAAAAUACCUUCAAGCAAUAUAUCCAUCCUCCCCGCUCGGCGAUCAACCCAGGCCUGCAAAUUCAGACAACCGCAACAACAACUAUAAGCUAGGCUAUCGAAUAUUAAACCGCCACCAUGGCUACGCAUAGUGACUAUUCUGACGACGAUUCCCAACCAGGCUCUCCCGUAAUUGGCAACGCCAAUAACGCGGACGACAUCGAGGACCAAGAACCCCUCGAUCAAGACCAUGACAGCCAGUCCCUCAAAUCCGCCAUGAAGCAACGAUCUUCUCUGCCUCCGAUGGCCGCAGAGAAGAAACCCGAGCUUCCAGAACAGCCAGACCCUCAGACUCUGGACCUGUCCACCCUAACGCCACUGACACCUGAGAUCAUCGCACGGCAAGCGACUAUCAAUAUUGGCACCAUUGGGCACGUCGCACACGGCAAAUCGACGGUGGUGAAGGCUAUUUCUGGUGUACAGACAGUCAGAUUCAAGAAUGAGCAGGAGAGAAAUAUUACCAUCAAGCUGGGUUAUGCCAACGCCAAGGUCUACAAAUGUGACAAUGAGGAGUGUCCCCGCCCGGGCUGCUAUAGGAGCUUCAAGAGUGAAAAGGAAGUGGACCCUCCUUGCGAAAGAGAGGGAUGUACAGGCACAUAUCGCCUUCUCAGACACGUUUCCUUUGUUGACUGCCCCGGACACGACAUUCUCAUGAGCACUAUGCUUUCAGGAGCAGCUGUCAUGGACGCAGCUCUACUCCUGAUUGCCGGCAAUGAAACCUGUCCACAACCACAAACAUCAGAGCAUCUGGCCGCAAUCGAAAUCAUGAAACUGAACCACAUCAUCAUCCUCCAAAACAAAGUCGACCUCAUGCGCGAAGACGGUGCCCUACAACACUACCAGUCGAUAUUAAAAUUCAUCCGCGGCACUGUCGCGGACGGCUCACCCAUCAUCCCCAUCUCUGCCCAGCUGAAAUACAACAUCGACGCCGUCAAUGAGUAUCUUGUGUCGCACAUCCCGGUGCCCGUCCGCGAUUUCCAAGCCGCCCCACAUAUGAUCAUCAUCCGGUCCUUCGACGUCAACAAGCCCGGUGCGGAGAUCGAGGAGCUCCGCGGCGGUGUCGCCGGUGGCAGUAUCCUAACUGGAGUGCUCAAACUAGGCGAUGAGAUCGAGAUCCGGCCCGGCAUCGUCACCAAAGAUGAACAGGGCAAGAUCCAGUGCCGACCCAUCUUCAGCCGCGUUGUCUCCCUCCUUGCCGAGCAAAAUGACCUCAAAUUUGCCGUACCCGGCGGCCUCAUCGGUGUCGGAACUCGGGUCGACCCCACCCUCUGCCGUGCCGAUCGUCUCCUAGGUUUCGUCCUGGGCCACCGCGGCCGUCUGCCGGCCAUCUACACCGAGAUCGAAGUUAACUAUUUCCUCCUCAGACGACUGCUAGGUGUGAAGACCGCGGACGGGAAACAGGCGAAGGUAUCCAAGCUGGCGAAGAAUGAGGUGCUCAUGGUUAACAUUGGCUCGACGGCUACGGGCGCGAAGGUGAUGGGCGUCAAGGCCGAUGCGGCCAAGUUGAGCUUGACGAGUCCUGCGUGCACGGAGGUUGGGGAGAAGAUUGCGCUGAGUCGACGGAUUGAUAAACAUUGGCGUUUGAUUGGGUGGGCCAAUAUUGUCGCUGGUAACACACUUGAGCCAAUUGCUGACUGAGCGAUGCCUUCCACUGUGGUCACUAUGCUAUUCUUGUCAAUCCCCCUCAAAUAUAUCGCAUCCCGUCCAACCAGGCCACCACAACGCGUAGAAAAUGAAUUAGAGACCCGGAAAAAAGUUGGCCAUCUGUCUCACAGAUGGCAGGAAAAUUGCGCAACGAAUAGUCUGCUGGCACGGCAAAAAUGGCGGACACAGAUGUACCAAGGAUACCAGAAGGAGGGUGGAAAAAGAAGCUGCUACAGCGAACAACUUUAUCUUAGCAUCGGAAUAAAAUUUUUAAUAAAAAAGGGAUAUAUAACAAAAGAGAAAGAAACGAAAACCGAUACGUCCUUGUUCUUCCUUCCACCCUGUCUCGGAAUUGAGCCACCUAUCCAAUCCAAACCAAUUCAGAUGCAUUAUGUUACGCUUCACGUUCUCAUCUUAAUCAUGUCUUGACUUCUGUCUAAAUACCAAAACGAGUUCCUUUUGACCUUCAUAGUUUGUUAAAAGAUAGAAAACUUUCACAACUGGAUGAUUCCUCUUUUUUUUGAAAAUAUUUUUCUGUCCCUUGUUUUAGCCUCUGCAAUUUCUAUGUGCAUGGUGAGGAGAAGGUGGAAAUUUGAACUCUCUUUCUCUUCCACUUUCUCUCUCUAUCCCUCAUAUAUAUAUAUAUAUUAAUAAGGAUAAUGAUAUAUAGGCAUACCAGCUGGUUUGGGAGUGCAUCUCACGUUAAAGUUUCAUCGCAUAAUUUGAUCUCAUUC